AUGGGCACUCCGCGAUAUGACAAGUUAUGGUUAGGUGCUAUUACACACAGGUCCACUGAUGGCACUCAAUUCAUGCAGGCAGAUCAGAUUCUUUACCCAGGUCAACGUUUACCAAGAAAAGCACGCGACAACUGGUCUACCUUGGUCGUUAUUAUUGGAGUAGCAGAAUCAAAGACAAAGUUUGAAGAAGAUGCCAAAUGGUGGUUCACUAAUUCGAGGGGCGGAGUACGGAUAGUAGUAAUCAUCCUGGUCACAAUGGAUAAGGCAAUCUUUGAGAAGCGGGAGCAUUUGCCCGAUAUUCCCACGCACAGUACCAGGCAAUAUAUGGGUAAUGGCGAGCGGUAUUACUGUGCCCAGAAAGCCAUGGUCACAUCUAACGGAGUGACGGGAGCUCCGAUGAGGUUCCCAUUCAAAGAUCUUCUUGAUAGGGACCCCCAAAAUAAGGAGACCGACAUCGUCUAG